AUGUCCGACAUCCAUCGUGCCAGCACUACUGCGCCUGUAAACAUUGCUGUUAUCAAAUACUGGGGAAAGCGCGACCCCAAGCUCAACCUCCCCACCAACUCUUCCCUCAGCGUCACCCUUGCGCAGUCCGAUCUCCGUACUCACACCACCGCCUCAUGCUCGUCUACCUACCCGAAAGAGGACACGCUUCUCCUCAACGGUCAAUCACAAGAUGUCUCUGGUGCAAGGACACAAGCAUGCUUCAGGGAGCUUAGGGCGCUGAGGAAACAGCUUGAGGAGAAGGACUCAAGCCUAGCGAAAUUGGCCGACCUUCCCCUGCGCAUUGUUUCCGAGAACAACUUCCCUACCGCUGCUGGACUGGCUAGUUCGGCUGCCGGUUUCGCUGCUCUUGUCCGUGCAAUUGCAAACCUCUACGAGCUCCCCUCUUCGCCUACCGACCUUUCCCGCAUCGCAAGGCAGGGCUCAGGCUCAGCAUGCCGAUCGCUCUUCGGUGGAUACGUAGGCUGGGAACAAGGCUCUGCUCCAGAUGGUAGUGACAGCGUUGCUUUCCAGGUCGCGCCCGCAAGCCACUGGCCUAACAUGCGCGCUGUCAUCUUGGUUGUCAGUGCAGCCAAGAAGGGCGUAUCCAGCACCACUGGUAUGCAGACCACUGUCGCUACAUCUAGCCUCUUCCAGUCAAGAGCCACAGAGACUGUGCCUCGACGCAUGAAGGAGAUGCAGGAGGCUAUCCAGAACAAGGACUUUGAGGCCUUCGGCAAGGUCACCAUGAUGGACAGCAACUCUUUCCACGCCACAUGCCUGGACACCUUCCCUCCCAUCUUUUACCUCAACGAUGUCUCCCGAGCGGCUAUCAAGGUUGUCGAGAGCAUCAACGCUGCGGCAGGCAAGAUCAUCGCUGCGUACACCUUCGAUGCAGGCCCAAAUGCGGUCGUAUACUACCUUGAGGAGAACGAGAAAGAAGUUGCAGGUCUGUUCAAGCAGAUCUUGAACGAGAAGGACGGAUGGCAGGGCGAGAGGGGCCAGGCUAUCCAGGCCAACGCUGACUCGCUUGAGAAGGUCAAGUUCGAUGCAGGCCCUGCUAUCGCAUUCUUGGAAGAGGGUGUUAGCAGAGUUAUCUUGACAGGUGUUGGUGAGGGUCCGGUCAAGACUGAGCACAGUUUGAUUGAUGAGAAGGGUGAGCCUAUUAACAGCGCAUAG